AGUAGUAACAUCUGUAACCGUUUUAGAGCUAUCACUACUGUCCCGCUGCGGCUUCCGUAGGGUACAGUGGGUAGGGUACAGUGGCGUUAAAAUGGCUGCUCCUGUUGACAACGAUUUGAUUGAAAGCGAUUUGCCCAAAGCUGUAGAGCUGCUGAAUAAUCUCACUGAACAGGUGGCCUCGGUGACGGGUCUUGUCCGUGAGCUGCUGACUAAAGUCAAAGAUGGGGCAUUGGAAACGUCGAAGGGUUUGUCUUUUUUGGACCUUCGGUACCACCUGCUGCUCUUCUAUCUCCAGGACCUCACUCACCUGAUCAGCAUCAAGAUGGAAGGAGGCAAAAUAAAAGACAGUGAUGCCUUAGACCGAGUGGUCACAAUCAGAACGAUCCUGGAGAAGAUGCGACCUCUAGACCACAAACUGAAGUAUCAGAUUGAUAAGCUCGUGCGCACGGCUGUUACCGGCAGUUUAGCUGAAAAUGACCCACUGCAGCUGCGUCCCAAUCCAGAGAAUCUCGUCAGCAAACUCAGUGAAUCUGAGUCUGAAGACGAAACAGAGAACGAGGCAGCUUCAGAAAAGAAAGCAGCCCACUCUAGUGGCAAGAAAUAUAUACCACCAAAGAUUGCCCCAGUGCAUUAUGAUGGUGACAUGACAGAGGCAGACAAGAAAAAGGCCAAGCUGGAGCGUCAUCGACAAGCAGCACUCCGAAGUUCUGUGAUCCAGGAGCUGAGGCAGCAGUACAGCGACGCCCCAGAGGAGAUCAGAGACAAACGGGACUUCCAGAGCGAGCGGGAGAGUCGCGAGGAGCUCCACAGGAAGAACUACGAGGAGUCGAUGAUGGUGCGUCUCAAUGUGCCGAAGCAUCAGAGGAACGCCAAGAAGAGGGGCAUGAUGGCCAUGUCCAACCAGCUGAGCAGUAUAACACACUUUGGUGACAUCACAGCUCUGACCAGUGGCGAGGCGAUGCAGGAUGGGGAUAACCCACGACCCAAGAAAAAGAAGAAAAUCAUGAAGAAGAAAACCAAAAGAAAAGCUUUCAAGAAACGCAACUAGACCUGAGGACAGCAUGUCAGAGGAUGUUACCAGCAGCUAAUUGUUAUAAAGUCUCUGUAAACAUCGUAAUAAAGAAACCAUUCCUCAUGACCUGUA